ACUUUCUGUGCUUUUGCCUGCUCCUGCGGCGGAAGUCUCCCCAGCUCCGCGGGACGCGCUAGCUAGCGCGUAUGUUUGCUGACUGUUGUGCUUGCUACGUCGGCCUGGCUCUCCGCGCUGGUCGUUUCCGUGGCCUCGGUCGCGUCCUUGUCAGGUCCCUUCAUGCCCUGACCCCGGCCCGUACUCCUCGGAGACCCCCUCCUCCAGUCCCGGGAGCAUUUUCCUCAGUCCCUCCCCCACCCUCCCGCGCCUCCCUGGCCCGUUCUCCACAGGGCCCCCCAUCUCUCCAGUCCCGGGCCUCUUCAGAGCUCCCCACCUUCCUCGGCGCGUCCUUUUCAGCACUGCUCCCCCUACCCCCCGCCCGUUCUCCUGAGAGCCCCUCCAGCCCUUCACUCCCUCCCUGUCUUCCUUUGGCUCCCCGCCCCCGGGUAGGAUGGGGGACAACACUAGCCCCAUCAGCGUGAUUUUGGUGAGCUCGGGGAGCAGGGGCAAUAAACUGCUGUUCAGGUACCCCUUCCAGAGAAGCCAGGAGCACCCGGCCUCCCAGACAAAUAAGCCUUUUAGCAGAUAUGCUGUCAACAACACAGGAGGAGAUCACGCUGAGGACCAGGAUGGUGACUCCAGCGAGCCAUGUCCUUCAACCGAUGAGCAAUUGGUUGCAGGGUUUUCAGAUGUCAUUCUGGCAACAAUUUUGGCAACCAAGUCUGAAAUGUGUGGCCAAAAAUUCGAACUGAAGAUUGAUAAUGUGCGGUUUGUUGGGCACCCGACACUCCUGCAGCAUGCGCUGGGGCAGGUCUCUAAAACAGACCCAUCCCCGAAGAGGGAAGCUCCCACCAUGAUUCUUUUUAAUGUGGUAUUUGCACUGAGGGCCAAUGCGGACCCCUCGGUGAUCAACUGCCUACACAACCUUUCCCGGCGCAUCGCUACCGUGCUGCAGCACGAGGAGCGCCGCUGCCAGUACCUCACGCGGGAGGCCAAGCUGAUCCUGGCGCUGCAGGAUGAGGUGUCUGCUGUGGCUGAUGCAAAUGAUGGUCCUCAGUCCCCGUUCCAUCACAUCCUGCCCAAGUGCAAGUUGGCCAGGGACCUCAAAGAAGCUUAUGACAGCUUGUGCACAUCUGGCGUUGUGCGGCUGCACAUCAACAGCUGGCUGGAGGUGAGCUUCUGCCUGCCCCACAAGAUCCACUAUGCUGCUGCAAGCCUCAUCCCGCCUGAGGCCAUCGAGCGGAGCCUGAAGGCCAUCCGCCCGUACCAUGCCCUGCUGCUGCUCAGCGAUGAGAAGUCCCUGCUGAGUGAGCUCCCGCUCGACUGCUCCCCAGCCCUGGUGCGUGUGAUCAAGACCACAUCUGCUGUGAAGAACCUGCAGCAGCUGGCUCAGGACGCAGACUUGGCCUUGCUGCAGGUUUUCCAGCUUGCAGCUCACCUGGUAUACUGGGGCAAGGCCAUCAUCAUCUACCCACUGUGUGAGAACAAUGUCUACAUGCUUUCUCCCAACGCCAGCGUGUGUCUGUACUCCCCACUGGCCGAGCAGUUCUCCCACCAGUUCCCGUCUCAUGACCUGCCAUCUGUUCUUGCUAAGUUCUCCUUGCCUGUCUCCUUGUCAGAAUUUAGGAACCCCCUUGCUCCCCCUGUGCAGGAGGUCAUACAUGCCCAUGGUACACCCUUAUUUCCAUGCCUGGUCAGCCAUCCCCUCCCAGGAGGGGACCACCCAAAGAUGUGCAAGCGGGUGUGUGUGUCUGAGAACAUGGACACCAUCUGCGUGCAUUUUCCUGCUCACCGGAGUUGGAGCUCCACCCGCACAGGGCUUCUCACUGCUCCUAGUCAGACCCAGCUCAUUCAGAUGGUGAUAUGGAUGCUGCAGCACAGGCUCCUCGUCCAGCUGCACACCUAUGUUUGCCUGAUGGCCUCGCCCAGUGAGGAUGAGCCCCGCCCACGAGAGGACGAGGUCCCCUUCACCACCAGGGUCGGCGGUCGCAGCCUCAGCACACCCAAUGCCCUCAGCUUUGGCUCCCCAACCAGCAGUGACGACAUGACGCUCACUAGCCCCAGCAUGGACAACUCCAGCGCAGAGCUUCUCCCCAGUGGGGACUCCCCGCUGAACAAGAGGAUGACAGAAAACCUGCUGGCCAGCCUGUCGGAGCAUGAGCGGGCAGCCAUCCUCAGUGUUCCCGCAGCCCAGAACCCUGAGGACCUCCGCAUGUUUGCCAGGCUCCUGCACUACUUCCGUGGUCGCCACCACCUAGAGGAGAUCAUGUACAAUGAGAACACUCGGCGCUCCCAGCUGCUCAUGCUCUUUGACAAGUUCCGGAGCGUGCUGGUGGUGACCACCCACGAGGACCCGGUCAUCGCCGUCUUCCAGGCACUGCUCACAUAAGCCUACACCGAGGCAGGCUGCUGCAGUGGGAAUGGGGUUGGGGGGCCACUGACAGCUCCCCACCCCAGGGCUUUCUCCCUACCCAGCCUGAGUCCUCUUAGCCCAGAAGCUCAAUUUCAGCCUAGUUCAGCAGCCUCUGCAGUCUUAGUCUCAUGUAGUUCUCAAAACAGUCCCAGUGUCUCUGAGCUGAGAAGCUGAGGCUCUGAGCUGCGGGGAGUGUCCAGGACUCAUGUUCUUAGUGAGGCCUGCGUGCUUCCCAUACAGGUUUGGGCCACACAUUUCUCUGACCUUCUCCCCAACCCUCCAGUACCCUGGCCCCCCCCCACCCCCCCACCCCUGCCCGCCCUGCUGCCCUUCCAAGAUUGUGAGGGCUGAGUGUCUGGUCCAUCCUGUAACUUACUUGCUGUGUGCCUUUCCUGGCCUGGCCCUUACCACAGUCCUGUAUUAGCCACCAGGAGGCUCAUGGCUCAGCCGUCAACCCACUUUGCCACCUGAGGCACGAGGGCCUGGUGAAUGUGCUGCUUACCCAGCUCCUCCUUGGGAGUGGGUCUGCACUGGCACUUAGUCCUCCCUCAUAUGGAUGCAGUGGGGGGCAUGCAUCAGGCCUGAGGAAGGAAGCAUCCACACUGGGCCUGGCUCUAGGUACCCUGCUGCACAGAUGUGCUCCUGAUCUCCCUCCUCAUUCUGGAGAAGGAACUGACCACUGAGGGAGGCUCUGGUUGGGAUGCAGGCAUCACUGUUUUCUAGAAAUGAAGCAUUUAUUUGUUUUUUAAACAAUUAAAAAGCCUGUCCUGAGCAGGCCAUUGCUCAG